UGAUUUUGUUGUGAAUAUUGCCUUGAAUAUUCUGUUUAUGAUUUUUGCAGAAGUCAGGCACUUUUAAAAUGUUGUGGAAGACUUUAGUUUCCAAACCUCUGUCACCGUACGUCUUCCACCGACGUUAUUUUAGAUGAAACUGAGCGAAUAUGGGGCAACAGUGGAAUGGUAUUGACGGGAAAAACCGAAGAACUCGGUGAAAAAGCUGCUUCAGUGCCACUUUGCCCACAACAAGCCCUACUUGGCUUACCCUGGUUGAGAGCUCAGUGACCAACUACCUGAGCUAUGGCAUGGCCAUAGUGUCAAAAGGUGGCUGUUUGGAGGAAGCAAGGGACUAAAUGCAUAUGCAAAUGUUGUAGAUGGAAUGAAGGAGGUGUACAGAACAAAACUUCUUCCUCUUGAAGAAACAUAUUUGUUUCAUGACUUUCACUCUCCAAAGCUGAAUGAUGCUGACUUUGAUUCAAAACCCAUAAUUUUGUUCAUGGGACAAUAUUCCACUGGAAAAACAACUUUGAUAAAGCAUUUGCUGGGAUGUGAAUUUCCAGGAAUGCGAAUAGGGCCUGAGCCCACAACCGAUCGGUUUAUAGCUAUAAUGCAUGAUGAAAAGGAAGGAGUAAUCCCAGGAAAUGCAUUAGUAGUAGAUCCAAAGAAACAGUUUCGGCCUCUUUCAAAGUUUGGCAACGCUUUUUUGAACAGGUUCCAGUGUUCCACUGUUAAUUCUUCUGUUCUUAAGACUAUUUCCAUAGUUGACACCCCUGGGAUCUUAUCUGGGGAGAAACAGAGAGUAGAUCGUGGAUAUGAUUUCACAGGUGUCUUAGCAUGGUUUGCUGAACGCGUUGACCGAAUCAUUCUUCUGUUUGAUGCCCAUAAACUUGAUAUAUCUGAUGAAUUCAGACGGUCAAUUGAAGCACUGUAUGGGCAUGACGACAAAAUUCGCAUUGUUCUUAAUAAAGCUGACAUGGUAGAUCACCAGCAGCUUAUGAGGGUUUAUGGAGCUUUAAUGUGGUCAUUAGGGAAAAUUUUAAAUACACCAGAAGUUGCAAGAGUGUAUAUUGGUUCUUUCUGGGAUCAGCCAUUGCAGAAUGACAUAAAUCGAAGGUUAUUUGAAGAUGAAGAGCAGGAUUUAUUUCGAGAUAUACAAUCUCUUCCAAAGAACAGUGUAUUACGAAAACUGAACGAUCUCAUUAAAAGAACCCGCUUGGCCAAGGCUCAUGCAUACAUUAUCAGUUCACUAUUCAAGGAGAUGCCCGCAAUGUUCGGAAAGGAUGCAAAGAAAAUCGAACUGAUUUCAAACCUAGAACAACUGUAUUCCCAACUGGAGCGCAAGUUCCUUAUCUCUCCAGGAGACUUUCCUGAACUCAAGAGGAUGCAGGAGCAGCUGAUUCAUUAUGACUUCAGGAGUUUCAGUUCUCUGAAGCCAAACCUGAUGGAGGCUGUGGAUGAGAUGCUGGCUAAUGACAUUGCCCAUCUAAUGGCCAUGAUUCCUCAGGAAGCCUCAACCACUGAAUCUCUUGUUGAAGGCGGAGCAUUCGAAGUUGUGGGCAGCACGCUCGGACCAUUUGGUUACAAACGCGGAGAAGGGGUCGAUGCCGGCGCAGGCGAUAUAGAGUGGAUCAUCAGCAAGAAGCGUGUGGAGUAUGAUGCCAUCUUCAAUACACUGAACCCAGUGGAAGGAAAAGUAAUGAGGACAGAUGUGAAGGCAGAGAUGAUCAAGUCGAAGCUGCCAAGCUCGGUGCUCGGGAAGAUCUACAAAUUGGCAGAUGUGGACCAAGACGGAUUGCUUGAUGCUGAUGAAUUUGCCCUUAUGAUGUACCUUAUCUCAAUCAAAUUAGAUGGUCAUGACCUUCCGUCCAAGUUGCCUCCUCACCUGGUUCCUCCUUUGAAGAGACCAAGGGCGCAGCACAUGGCUCCUGUCUCAGAACAGGCGAGUUGAGUCUUGUAUGGCAUAGGUUUACCCCUGAAUGGGCAAUCAGGCAGCUCUGAAGAGAGCCUUUGAGCUGUAGUGAUCAGCAUUUACUAAAGUUCCUCAUGGGUUGGCUGGACCAUCCCAGCGAUACGAGAACAAGUACACAUGUGUGUUACACACUGCUGAAACUAAUCUGCCAACCUUUGAUCCCUCUAUAUAAUUUUUUUUUUUUAAACCUCUAACUCAGUACAGUGACUGGAUGAUGAGGGUUCAAAUCCUGUUUGCCGCCAUACCAAGACUGACUCUGUCAUCUGCACAGCUUCCUGUUCAGUAGAUAAUACAAUACCAUCCCUGCUUCCACAGGUAUAAAGUGACGAGAGCCUGAAUUUGUCAUUCCUUCAUUGAACACUGAGGUCUAGAAUGUGCAGAGCGCACAUCCACCUCUUCUGUAUAGUGCUAAGACUCGAAGAAAACCUUUACCUUCACCCCUUUAAAUAUAACAAAAGAAUGUUAAAGUAUUGUUUCAAUUUAAUGAUACUGGAAGCUUCCUCUGCCUGUGAAGUGUAUCCAACCCAUUUUACCUCCUUCAUAUCAAGUACUUUGUUUAUGUAACAUAAUUAUGCUUUGUUAAAGAGUAAAUUUUUGUUUAAUUUAUUUUAUUUCUA